AACAUUUCCGCAAAGUUUACGAACUGUGACUGCCUCGCAACAGUUCUGAGUUUGUUUAGCUUUUAAGACGUGUAAAGGUUUAUCAAAAUGAGUGAAAUCAAACUAACCAAAUCAGCUCCAACUGAAGACAACGGAGAGGAGAAAGACUGGGCUGCAGCGAAAGCUUUUUUUGAUAACCUCAAAACAAACAAACCGAGACCUCCCAAACCCCGGUAUGCUGUCACCAUCGCCGUGUCCUCUCGCACCCUCUUCAACAUGGUGAAAGAGAGGAAGAUCUAUCAGGACGAAGGACUAGAGAAGUAUGUGGCUUAUCAGAUGGAGCAUGAAAACGAGCCUCUGAUGCCUGGAGCUGCUUUCCCCUUCGUCCAGGCGCUGAUGAAUGUCAACUCUCGACUGAGGGAGCUCUACCCAGACAGCGAGGAGCUAUUUGACAUCGUCUUAAUGACUAACAACCAUGCCCAAGUCGGAGUGCGCCUCAUAAACAGCAUCAAUCACUACGAUUUGUCCAUAGAGAGAUUUUGUAUGACCGGAGGAGAAAGCCCUAUAGGUUACCUGAAGGCGUACAUGACCAACCUUUACCUCUCUAAAGACUCAGAUAAAGUGACAGAGGCCAUAGCAGAAGGCAUCGCUGCAGCCACAAUGUUUACGGCGGACACGGAGAACGAGUUGAGUAAGACUCAGCUGAGGGUGGCGUUUGAUGGCGACGCCGUCCUCUUCUCCGACGAGUCAGAGAUCAUCGUGAAGCAACACGGCCUGGACACUUUCUUUGAGCAUGAGAAGGAGUUCGAGAACAAGCCUCUCGCUCAGGGUCCCUUAAAGUGUUUCCUGGAGGCUCUGGGAAAGCUCCAGAGGAAAUUCAUCGCCAAGAACGAGCGGCUGAACUGUCCCAUCCGUACCUUCCUGGUGACGGCCCGCAGCGCAGCCAGCUCUGGGGCCCGCGUCCUGAAGACUCUCCGCAGCUGGGGGUUGGAGAUCGACGAGGCUCUCUUCCUGGCCGGGGCUCCUAAAGGGCCCCUGCUGGAGAAAAUAAAACCGCACAUCUUCUUUGACGACCAGAUGUUCCACAUUGAGGGGGCCCAGGAGCUGGGAACCAUAUCUGCACACGUCCCCUACGGGAUCGGACAGAAGUACCACAAGGGGAAACUCAUUGAGCAGCCGCCAAAAAAGGAAUAACCUAAAAACGGUUCGAAUAUUGGAUAUGCAUUACGUUGCCCCCUGCAUAUGAAGAGAUUUGCUCCAAUAAAAGAUUGCAUUCAGGAUCUGUUAGGUACCCAAUUAAGGAGGAUUGGGUAACUGAUAAUGCUCUCUGUAAAGUUUCCUACCUAUUGGGAUUUUAUCAAAUAUUUUCCACCGUUUUCUUUGGGAUUGGUUAUUUUCUAUGAGUAGGGGAAUGUAUUUUUACCAAUAGUUACACUAGGUGCCACACACUGCUUCACUUAUACUGUUUUGAUAGAGAAACACCAGCUUUUUUACCUAUUGAAGCCUUUUAACCAUACUGUUUGUGUACCUGUUUACCUUUUGAGAUAACUUUUUCUCAUUUACAUUCAGUUUAUUUUGAUCUAUUUUAGCCUUGGAUAUUGUUGCUCCGUAUAUUCAGUAAGACCAGGGUGAGAUAAUGCAUCUGCCUUAUGGUUGUUUUUAUUGCAUUGGAUCUUUCAAAAUCACUUUUUCUUUGUUACUGUUUUUGAUUUUGACGCACAAAUAUAAAAUACACUGUUUAGAUUUUUCCUCAAACAUUGACUGUCAUUUUAUACGAGUUGUUGACACUUAUAUACUGUAUCUACAUACCAGGCAGCAUACUGUAACUCCACCCCUUGACUGACUGUGUGUGUUUGCAGAUGGCAUUUGAUCUAUUUCAUACUAAUAACUAAACCUCAUCAAGGAUUUCUACAGUUACACUUGUUUGUAAAUGUUCAUAACAUAUCUGGUUACAUUUCUCAGUGCCAGAUCAUGCCAUUGAUUGUAUUCAUGUUCACAAUAACAGGAUGUUUUCACCGUUUCCCUUUUUCUAUACUAAUACCUCAAUGUGCCUUUAACUUUAUCAGCAAGUAUAAUAAAGGCAUGUGGAUGAA